CGUCUUGUCAAGGCUUUUACUUUGAAGAGCCGAUGCGCUUUCGUGGCAGAAAUGGAAAUACAAUUGGACGGCUGUGGCUAGCUUCACUGCGUUAAAAACAGGCUGGAUUGCGAUAUCUGGAUUACUGCUUAGGGGGUUUGACUCUAUUCUGUUUAUUUCAAAAUAAGAAACUACUGGGUUUGAGGUGCAGAGAUUUCCUCGGAUAUGAAUCGCUCCGGUGACCAUGAUAACAGAAGAUAGCUAGCUUAGAUGGUUAGCGGAUCUACUAGCUUAGCCUGGGGGCUGCUCUCAUAUUAUAAAUCAUUGUGCUGGGAGUAUUCCUAUAUGUACCCGGAUAUCUCCCUGGCAUUGUUAUUGUCUGGCUUUGCUAAAUCAGUGUUCUCCCGACCUCUCCACGUUCCGUGAUGCCACGUCCCUGCUGUGUGGUGCGGCUGCAUGUUGACAUCGUAUGAAGACUGGGAGGAUGACAAGUGUACGGAAGGAGGACGGCGAGUAAAACCACAAGGAGCACAGUAGCCGAUGAGGCUAGACCUAUAUCCCUGACUGUCUGGGGUGGUCAACACGUUUGCAGCAUUUCAUCGGAAUGUCCUUUCGAGAGGUUAGGAUAGCAGGGAGACGAGGAUAUUUGCGUCGUGCUUGCUAGGGUUGCAAUCACAAGCUUAUAAAAAGUACUUUUUUACUGAAAUGAUUGGGUUUGGUGCAAACCGACGGGGAGGCCGCCUCCCGUCUCUCUUCCUCAUUGCCCUGAUGGUGAUCAUCGCCAUACUUUCUUUCAACUACUGGACUGUGACCAGCAAGCACGUCCGCCUGCUGGAUGAAGUGGCGGAGGUCCAGGCGCAGGUGAAGCGCACCGACGCGGCGCGGAUCCGCCUGGAGAAGCGCAAUACGGAGCUGAUGGCGCAAGUGGACACGCACAAGAAGCAGAUCGACCAGAAGGAGGGAGACAAUAAUGUUCUGGGGAGCAAGAUUCAGGCCCGAGAGACUCUCAUCAAGAAGUGCACGGAUGACAAGAUGAAGCUGCACCAGGAUUUUACGAGUCAAAUAACAGAGAUCACGCGCUUGAAAGAGCAGCUGAAGGAGAUCAACCAGGAGUUCAUGCAGCAGGAGGAGCAGAUGAGGGAGGUGAGAAAGAACCGCACCACGCUGGAGCGGCGGCUGGAGUACGAGAGUUUGCAGUGCGGCCGUCAGAUCAAGCAGCUGACGGAGGAGUUUGAGGAAAGCAGGAAGACUCUGGCGCUGGAAGUCGCCAAGCUGAGACGGAGCGGACUGGACAGCAAUAAGCUUGGUGUGCAGGCUCAGGCUGGGGCGGAGGUGGAGGCAGAGCGCCACACGGUGGCUGAUCUCGUACAGGGCAACGUCAUUCUCAAAGAUGAGAUGGGCAAGCCAGGCAGCGACGCAGGCAUGCCUGGGAUAGAGGACAGCGAGGUGGGGAAGAUAGAGGAGCUGCAGUUUGGAGUAAAAAAAGCGCAGAUUGCUCCGAAGCAGAAGGAGGCUCCCAAAGAGGUCCCAGCAGCGGUGGCGGCGGUCCCAGCCAAGGGCUUCAGAGAGCAGGCCCUGGACCAGCCCCUCCUGCAGCAGGACAGAGUGGGGCUGGGAGGGGGAGCGGGAGGCGGAGGGGAGGAGGAGGAAGAGGAGGAGGAGGAGGAGGAGGAGGUGCAGGUGCAGCAGCAGCAGCAGCAGCAGCAGCAGGCGGCGGUGGCAGCCGUGGUGGUGCCCCCUGGUCACAUUAAGCAGCCGGUACCCCAGGCGGUGGUGGACAAGCCUAUUCUGUUCGACGAGGACAACAAGGCGGCCAUGCGGGCCGACGAGUUUGGAGAACAGAACAGACAGCUCCAAGCUCCAGUAAACGUGAAGGCCGAGAGUGUACAGAUGAAGGCCCUCCCGGUGCCCCCAAACCCGGCACAGGUGCCCAAGCCAUUGGAGCCCCACAGAGUCAAAGACCAGGUCCCGGUGCAGCUGCCGCCUCACCACCAGAAUGACGAGGAUCGGGACAUGCAGGGAGGCCGAGCCGGGGAGUAUGGGAAACGGCGUCAGGCUGCAGACAUCCUCUAGAACCAGGACUCGGUGUUGUCAUUCCUCUGAUUAACAACGAGGUCCUACCGCGACCGUCCGCCACACUACAAACCCACACUCGCUGGCAGCAGUAGCCCUGGACUUCACUGUGCCCAAGAACUUGUGCUGUGUGGUUUAUGUUCAUGAACUAUGAUGGACGGCACGACAUAAUGAAGGAGUUUGUUGAGACGUACCGAUUAUUAAAAAAUGGCUUGUGAUGGCAAUGCCUUGUCAGCUGGAUAGAAUGUUUUUGUUUUUUGUUAGUUCUGAUGCCCGCGGGGGUCUCCAAAAGAUUGUACAAGGAAGAUUCAUGUUUGUUUUUUUGUUAUAAGAAUAAUAAUGAAGAACUUAUUGGUAACCCUAUUUGCGCCAACCUCAGCGUCGUCCUAUCUUUCUCUACUUUCCUGGGGGCUACCGAUGGAUCGGUUCGAGCCCAACGUCACAGCAACAGCUCGGAAGAUGAUGAGGGCUCUUUCAGCAUCAUAAUGAUGGGAGCAUACAACUCAAGUUUUUCUUUCUUUCUUUCUCGACUUCCCAGACACGAAAAAGGAACUACUCAAUCUGUUUUUAUAGAAUGCUAUUGCAUGAUUUAGAAAUGUUUUGUUGAUUGUCAAAAUGAGCAAAAUAUUAAGGCUUUAGCAAUACUUGACCAACAUUAGUAUCCUCCUGUGACGUGCGAAACAAGAGCACAUAAGGACCUAACUGACUGACAUCUGUGUUCAUUAGGUACCUUGUACAUAUGUAGUGGAACUGUUGCCAUUUGUAUUGUAGAUGUAUUUCUUUAUAUUCUGGGACUUUGGACAUAAAUUUGUUUGUGUAGCCAUUAAAAUUAUUUCUCAUGGGAAGGCAUAUUGAAUGUAAUUGCAUUUGUUUAAAGGUGUUUAUUCAUGUCAUCUAUCACUAGUAUUUAUAUAGGCCUAUAUGUUCUGUCUAGCAUCGCCUAUAUGAACCUAUAAACCUGCACUUACAUUGUGUAGAUUAAAUAUGCUGUUUUUUUAUUCUUGCAAAAGAUUCCUUCACCCAAACCGGAUUUGUAAGGUUUGGCAUAAUUACAUAUUCGUGUACAAAACAAUCACUCUAAGGGUAUGCAUAAGAGUGCAAUAUUUGACACACUUAUAGACUGUCAAAAUGCAAUCACAGGCUUGUAUGAAUCAAAAAGGUGGAUUUUUUUGUCCAAACAAAAUGUCUGUAAAUGGGGCAAGAGCAUUGCAUGGAACAAUGCAUAAUAGAUCUGAAAUCCCAUAAAAAAAAUCAGGCGGGAUAUUGCAUUAUUAUUCAACAGGUAUGUAUUUCAACAACUU